AUGUAUCCUCCAGAGUCUCUGUUCCAGUAUCCGCGUGGCGAAACCCCGCCAACCAGUCCACUGCAUAGCUCAAAGUCAAGUCCGAUUCUCCCAAAGGUUGAUUAUGCUGAAGCUUUCACUCGCGUCUACCGUGAUAGCCCCCAAAGCUCUUCUCCACCUAGUAGCCUAAAACACCUCAGACAACACUUAAUUCAAAUCUUUGCAGCAUCUGUCACUUCCUUAGGACAUGCUGAUGUCGGUCCACCCACUACAAAAAGGCGGGGUGGCAUACGUUUAAAGCAGAAUUUGCAGUCCAGUUACCACCCUUAUGUCCUGAAAACUCCCCCCACUCCGCAGGCUGAGCGUAAGAUGGCAAGCGUGAUGGGACGAUUGACUGGCGGUAUGGAUUCAGACCUUGACGAUGAUAUGACCUGCAAAAUAUUUUCUCAGGGCUUGCAGCGGUUGUCCUCUGAAGGAGUGCGCCGUGCUGCUUAUUACAAGGAGGCAGAACUUGAACAUCGCCGGCAUCUUUCAAUGGCUUUGGCUUGGGAGGCAGAGAAGCUCUCGAGGCUCAGAGAUUUCAUCGAUUGUGAGCAGCAGGAGCAGGAGGAUCAAACUAUUCGGGCAUUUGAGGAGGCUGCGCUCUUUACACGCAUGGUGACUGAUCGCGACGCAGGGCGUGCUUCCCAGGAUCUCGAGUUCAUCACUUCAAUCCAACAGGAAGAGGCAGCAAGGGUCAAACAGUUGAAUGCUGAGCUCGAUGAGCUGGAUAUAUUUCUUCCCUUGGACCCGCCAACUUCAGAUCUCGACACCGCCGACGCAAACUCCAUCAGAGAUCCUCUUGGUUUUGGUCAAUCAUCUGUCGGAGACCGCUCCGAGUAUGAGCUGGCGACAGGGCCAAGGGUAUCGAAGUAG